AUGUCUCAGCACGCCGACCGCGACGUCGAAGCCGCGAGGGGGAGCUCCCAACAAGGCCCUCCCGAUCGCACUGUGGACGACCCCAAUGAUGUGUCCCAGGAGAACAUAUUCGAGGACAUUGAAGAAAUUGCGGAGAAGGGGAUGAAGUUCGUGCUCAUGCCGGUCUGGGCGCGAAUGAAGCCCGAGGACAUGCCCACAUAUCCCACGUGGGAAGAGAGCCUGCACGACAUGUUCGUGAAGUGUUGGUACAACAUCCCUUUCGUCGUGGUUCCGCUCGCGCUCGCCUGGGCCUCGCAUUUCGACUCGGAGAAAUGGGGCAACAACACUACAUUCGUUCUUUGCUUCAUCGCCAUGAUCCCACUACAGAAGAUCUUCGACUGGGGCGGAGACGAAAUCGGUUUGUUCCUCGGAAACGAGCCACGGGAUCUCUUGGUCAUCACACUGAGCAAUGCUAUUGAGGCGGCAUUAGCUAUUAUCCUGCUCUUCAGGUGCCAGCUAAGGCUACUGCAAUCAACAGUGAUCGGCGUCGUCCUUCUCCAUCUCCUCCUUAUCCCUGGAGUCGCUUUCUUUAUCCAAGGUGCCCAGAUCUAUGAGCAACGGCUCCAUCAAUUCUCAAACCUGAACCACUCUCUGCUCAUGAUCGGAGUCCUUGGAAUUCUGGUGCCAACUGUAUUCUUUGCUGCGUUGGACCGCGGGUCCGUUGCUGCGGGGAGCGGCGACCAGUCUGGGUUGCCAGCGCCCUUCGUACCUUUGGUCAGUGACGCAGUGCGCCGCGACAUUGUCCAAAUGAGUCGCGGAAUCGCCGUCAUGCUCCUUCUUAUUUACAUCACUGGAUGCCUCUACCGUCAUAAUGUCUUGCCUCUCCCUGGUCAUCCUGAACCCGUUCCACCUCCUGCCCGAGCCAACACGCUCAACAAUGCUCUGCAGACUGGCAUCAACGAUGGGCAUCAUCAGAGUAUGCCAAGUACCGGCAUCGUGAACUCGAUUUCGUCGCCACCGCGCACAGUGCGCUCGAUCUCCAGCGGCACUUUGAGUCAUUUGCGCACACCGACAAACUCAUCCUUUCCCCCGGCUCAAUUGAACAACUGUGGGAAGGCGCCUCCCCCGAAAAGCGAGGUGAAUCCGUGGGUGUGCGUCGUGCUCGUCAUCGUCGCGGUAGCGUUCAUGGGUGUUACAGCCGAGUUUCUCGUCUCAAGCAUAGAGACCCUCCUCGAGACGAGUGACAUCCAGACAGAAUGGUUCGGGCUCGUCCUCCUCCCUAUCGUCUCUUUCUCUGCAGACGGCGCGGUUGUUGUCUGGAACUUCUCCAUUGCGCUCUGUCGAUACGCCGUCCGCCGCAUACGAUCGCGCAGGGCGAGGAAGGCCUCGUCCGCUGAGACUAGCACGGAUACACAAGCGCCAAGGGAACAGAAGACCGUACCCACGCAACGUGUCUUGCAGGACGCUCCACACAUUGACUACGUCGAUGAGCCCGCAGAGAUCGAGUCCCAUCAUGAGCCACCAACCUACGGCCCGCGUCCUUCCCAGUCCACUUCGACUCUUCGCACAGCAAAGAGCCGGGAGGUGGCUUCCUCUGACCCGAACCCGAACCCGAGCGCAGCCAAGGCCAACCCUAGGGUCCGCCGCCGCCCCACAACCGGAUCUAACAGGCAAGCUGGCUGGAACGCAGGGAAUGAGCCAAAGGAGCAGGUAGAGCAAGACAGCUCAGAAGACGUACUCGAGCUCCCCUGGGUCUCCGAGUUCGCGCACGGGCGGCCGAUCGACCUCAGCAUCCAGUUCACGCUCUGGUGGACACCUUUCCUCGUCCUCCUCGGAUGGUGGACCGGGCGCCCGAUGCAUCUCCUCUUUGACUACUUUGAGGUGGGCAUGCUGCUGGGGGCAUGCUUCCUCGUCAACUACGUGACGGUGGACGAGAAGACGAACAUGUCCGAGGGACUGACGAUGAUAUCCUUCUAUGCCAUGAUCGCGACAGCGGCGUGGUUUUAUCCAGGCCAACCACAAGUCGCGUUCAUGCUCAACUGCCCGGGAACCGUGGCGGAGGCUGUGGCCCAAGGCGCGGAAGGAACAGGGCAGAAUUUGGUGAAGAUACUGAUAUGA